AUGUUUAAUAGCUAAAUAUUUUUGUUUUCUUCCUAUUUAUAUUAACUACUUUUUAUUCUCUGAGAUAUAAGUUAGAGUUAAGAGUGUAGGUAUAGAGUUAGUGUUAGUUAUAAGAGUGUAGGUAUAGACGUAAAGAAAUCAAUUUUUGACGUUUGUUGGACUUAAAAUUCACACAUUUUUCAGAAUUUGUUUCACUCAGGUUAUUUGUUUUAAUACUCGUAACUUUCCUGAUGAGUACUAACGCAGAAGUUGACAAGAACUGUAUAGUUCGUAGACAUGAUGACUCUGAUGUUCACAUUUACUGCUAUCCACAACAAAUGCAGCUCGAUGGAGGGGAAAUACCUCUAGCUGGUGAUGUGACAGCUGAUAAAAUAUGUCUACAUCUGAUAGAAGUUGAAGGGAAGAUUGUGGAGACCUCUUUUUCCAACUUGAAAGAAGUCACUCACAUUGUGUUAUUUGGCUGUAAUUUGACUGAAGCCAUUUUUCCAGAACUUCCGAAAAUCUACUACUUAGAAAUGAUUCGAACAAUCUUACCAACUAUAACAAAAGAAACCUUUAAAAAUUUAAAAGGCAUAAAAAGAAUGGAGAUUGAUGAAAAUGAGGCUGAAAUCCAAGAUGGUGCCUUUGAUGGAUUGGAAAAUCUUGAGUUUCUAACAUUCUUUAAGCAAAACAUAAAUUUUUCGAAAGAUUUCUUGAAGGGUUUAAAUAAUCUUAAAGAACUCAGCAUGGAGUAUGCUGGAAUAGAGACUGUUCCGGAAGAUUCUUUUAAGGAGACUCCAGAACUAAAAAUCUUAAAUCUAGAUGGAAACUCCAUCGAAUAUCUAGCACCUGGGACGCUGGAACCUCUACAGAACCUAGAAGAAUUUUAUGUCACGUUGACAAAUUUAAAAAGCUUCGAUAUAAACUUAUUAAAAGAGCAAAAAAAUCUUAAAGCUUUAGGAAUUCCAGUGAGGACUCUAAAGAGUGUCAAUUUUAAGAAACUGUUUGAGUUGUGUCCAAAAUUGGGCACUAUACGGUUUAUGAGCAACGACGUUGAAUGCCCUGAAGUAAAAGAUCUUGAGGAGCAGUUUAAAAAAGAUAAUAUACAGAUUACAUUGACUUAUAUAUGUACUACCGACUUAAAAACUUGUUAAGGUAUAUAUUGAAUAAUUUUGGAAAAUAAACAUUUAUGUGUAACGAAA